UUGGAGGGUGUGACCGAGAUGAGUGUUUGAACCGGAGCAUGUAUGCGUGGCUGUGCUGUGCUAUGCCGAGAGCCGUGUGGACACUCUACUUGUAACACAUGGCCCAACCCAGGAGACCUUCCAACUUGGCCGGCCCAACAUCUCCCACUUCAACCACACUUCACCCUCAACAGAACAGAAAACAACCAAGAAACUGGCGAGCAACCUCAAGUAAAAAAAAAAACAACAACAACUACCAGACGAUAGAUACUUGGAUUCUCGGAAAAAUCGUCAUCAAGACCUUCCCCAGCUGAAAUAUACCAAUCAUCAUCAAUCAAAAAACAUACCAACUGCGCUCCUGAAAACCUCGUUUUUCUUAUCUCUGAAUUAACACUAUCGGAUUUUAUUGACAGAUGGCAGGCCAUCAUGACAACCCAUUCCAGGAUCCAGCAGCCGAGCACCAUGGCUUAGAUGGAAAUCCGUUUGAAGACCCCAGUAUUCAGGGGGCGCUAGGCUCGCAUGCAGCGUACCAGGAAAGCGCCGGAUACGAUCUCGAUCCCGCCCAGGAGUCAGCACACCAUCCGACACCGGGAACAUCAACUACCGUCGUCAGUGGCCGAAGCGACGAUACUGCGGCUCGCUUGGCUGAGAUCAAACGCAAGGAGGCUGAGCUCGAACAGCGCGAACGUAAUCUAGGCUCAAGAGAAGAACACGUCAAAAACUACGGCAAAAAUAACUGGCCUCGAUUUUAUCCUAUAUUUUUUCAUGAUAUUGAAGAAGAGAUCCCGAUCGAGAAACGGGCAGACGUGACAACAAUUUAUCGAGGAUGGCUAUUUUUGGUCAUUGUAUUAGCUUGGAACUUGGUCACCUCAAUCUUUCUUCUGACCAGUGGGGCCUCGAACGGUGGAGCGGAUCUAGGCUCGGGAAUCUUCUACCUCCCCGUCAUCACAAUCCUGUCCUUCCUACUGUGGUACAGGCCCGUGUACAAUGCAUAUGCGAAAGAACAUUCCAUCUUCUAUCUAUUAUACUUUGUAUUUGGAGGCUUCCACGUGGCGUUUUGUUUUUACAUGCUGAUAGGUAUCCCAGGCACGGGCUCGGCAGGGCUGAUCAACAUGAUUGCAGCCUUCGGUAGGGGGAGCAUUGUGACUGGAGUGUUUGCGGUCAUUGCGACUGUCGGAUGGGCGAUCCUAGCCCUGGGGAAUGCCUGGAUGUGGAAAGCGGUCUGGAAACAUUGGCACGAUAAGGGCCAUACUUUCGACCAGGCAAAAAGCGAAUUUGCUACUACUGGUCUUAAGGCUUACUUCGGUAGCGGUAAAAGGGUUUGAACUUCGAUUGCAAACGACUCAGUUACAUCUACAUAUGUGUAUCGCUCUAUAUAUAUACAUCUGCUUCUCUGUUUCUAUCUCACCAAAUGUCUUGUUUCAUGUGCAUGUCUACCACUACUUCUUCUUUUUUUUCUUUGAUUGUGUGAUUGAUUAUUUUACCUUUUUUGCUCAAUGUUUAUACAUAAAAACAAAGAAAAUGAGCCGAAAAAAAC